ACUGAGACGCAUAGAAGCUCUCUAUUAGCAUAGUAGUGGGUGUGGUUGUGAUCUGCGUGCUGUCAGGAACUAGCACUGUAGGUGACCGGUCAUCAUCUCUCCCUGACCCAGCAUAAGCUUCUAGAUUCCCAUAACCCAGCAAGCCCCUUCAUCUGUAGCAGACUUUGGAAGGAAUUUGUGCUGUCUUACGUUCAUCAUGCUGCCAAACACAGGGAGACUUGCAGGGUGUACACUGUUUAUCACUGGUGCCAGUCGUGGCAUUGGAAAAGCCAUUGCUUUGAAAGCUGCAAGGGAUGGUGCCAAUGUAGUUAUAGCAGCAAAGACUGCGGAACCUCACCCCAAGCUUCCAGGAACAAUUUAUACAGCAGCUGAGGAAAUUGAAGCUGCAGGUGGAAAGGCCUUGGCAUGCAUUGUUGAUGUAAGAGAUGAAAAGCAAAUCGGGGAGGCAGUUGAAAAGGCAGUGAGCAAAUUUGGAGGUAUAGACAUCUUGGUGAACAAUGCUAGUGCCAUUAAUUUGACCAACACCCUGGACACACCGAUGAAGAAAGUUGAUCUUAUGAUGGGCAUCAAUACUAGAGGAACAUACCUCACGUCAAAAAUAUGUAUUCCUUACUUAAAACAAAGCAAAGUGGCCCAUAUUCUAAACCUCAGCCCUCCGCUGAACCUGAACCCAGUUUGGUUCAAGAAUCAUUGCGCUUACACCAUUGCAAAGUAUGGAAUGUCCAUGUGUGUUCUUGGUAUGGCCGAGGAAUUUAAAGGAGAAGUUGCAGUCAAUGCCUUGUGGCCAAAAACAGCUAUACAUACAGCUGCUAUGGAUAUGCUGGGAGGAUCUGGGGUGCAGCAGCAAUGCAGGACAGCUGACAUAAUGGCUGAUGCUGCAUACUCUAUUCUGACCAAGCCAAAGAAUUACACUGGAAACUUUGUUAUUGAUGAGGAACUAUUGAAGACUGAGGGAAUUAAGGACUUUGAUGUCUACGCAGUAUCUCCAGGACAUCCCCUACUUCCGGACUUCUUUUUAGAUGAGAAUCCAGAUGAUCUCACUAGCAAAAUGGAAGCGCUCGGUGGGUCUGCUGCUUUUAAGGGUGGACAACAGGCAGCAUCAAAGGCCAAAAGUCAGGUGGAAGACACAUUCACUGUUAUUGGAAGAUCUAUCAAUGAAGACACUGUAAAAUCUGUUCAAGGAAUCUACCAGUUUGUACUUUCAGGUGCAGAAGAAGGUACUUGGUACCUGGACCUGAAGAAUGACAAGGGUGGAGUUGGAAAAGGAGAGUCUCCUGUCAAAGCUAAUGUGGUUAUGAGCAUGGAUAGCGAGGAUUUUGUGAAGAUGUUUACAGGGAAACUGAAGCCUACAAUGGCUUUCAUGGGUGGAAAGCUGAAGAUUAAAGGGGAUAUGGGCCUGGCAAUGAAAUUGGAAGCACUAAUGGGCCGAAUGAAUUCGAAGUUGUGAUAUCAUUCAUGCACCCAGCUAUAUGGCUAAUGAAAUCACAGUUCUAGUGCCACAAGAACAGUAAUCUACAUGCCACAGAAGGCGUCUAUAGGUGAACAGCUCAUUUAAUGGGAAGAUGUUCUGAAUUAAUUUUCUAAAUACAUUUUUAAAUAAUGUAAUAAUAAAAUAUCUGAAUGUAUUCAAAGUU